UGUGUUUAUUUAUCUCUCUAUCUAUCUAUCUUAGAAUAUGAGCAAAACAUGGGUUCUGGUUGAAUGGAGGGAGGAGCCACCCACCUAUGACAUUGUCCCUAAAAAGGACAUACUGAAAAAAAAGUUUGAACUUGGGGAUGUUGUGGAUGUUGCCUACGAGGAUGAAAGUUCACCAGCCACAAUUAUAGACAUUGAUGAGAACAAAGAAACCCUCAGGAGGAGGAUGUUCGGGCUAGAGGGAAAAAGAAGAAAACAGCCAUGUGUGCCAAAUGUAGAAAAAAGAGUGGCAAAGAAAAUUUACACUCCAACUCAGUCCCCAUCAUCUGAUGCAGAGCCUCCAUUGAAACAACAAGUCAUUCACAGAAAGAAUAUUAUAUUAAUGCAAGAGAUAAACAGCAUGGACAGUCAGGCUGAAGAGUCAAGCAGGGAAACUCAGCUACAGCAAGAAAUUCUUCGAUUACAGAAAGAAAAUGAAAAUCUACAUGCCCUGAAUAUAUCUCUGCAACAAAAAAUUCUUCCAGUGCUAGAAUCCAUGAGCCAGAACAUUACACUUGGAACAGACACUCUCAACAACCAAAAAUCAAGAGAAACAAGAGAAUUCAAGCCGCAAAAAUCCCCCUGAAAAGGUGAAUAAUAAAAUAUUUCUUUGUUCAUAUAUAUAUUCAUGUGCAGUGCUGUGCAGAAGUCGUAGAAGGCAUGUUAACUUCAUGUACAAUUUAUUUUUGUAACUGAAUCCAAAUUUGGUAUGAACAACCCUUUGUCUUUAAAAAAAAUUAGCACACUAAAGAAAAAGAUGUAACUUUUUGAAUGAAGAAUCUAACAGGCCAUAGCACUUAUAGCAUAUAUGUAGUCUAUGUUACAUGCUUUUAAUUUUAGUGUCCUUAACUUUUUUUUUAUUUUAUUUUAUUUUUUUGCAGACACAGGGGCUAGGAAUUAGUCCUACUGUCCCGGCAAGUUGUGGACGGGGUGGCACAUCAUGUUCUGCCAUGGUUAAAGAUCUGGCAGUGGCAGUGUUUGGGCGAGAGACGCUGGCUACUCAUGGGCUGUCUGGAAGAGCUAGCAAUGCAAACUAAGACACUACAGCAAAGCUAGUUCUUGAUCAAGACAAAGUUAUUCUUAUCUUGGGUGAGUUAAAUGUCCUUUUUUUUUUUUUUUUUUGCACAAACAUUAUGUUACAGUGCAAAAUUGUAAUGAUUGAUAAGUGAAAUUGCAUUUACAGACACGGUAAAGAAGAAAUUUCCAAAUGUUCCAACAAAGUUUAUCAGGGCAGCACUCAGAGAAAAAUUAAAUGAUGAGCACAAGUUACGAAUAAGGUAAUAAUUUGUGGCAUACACACACACAUACACUUGUAUUGGUUGUUUACGGGGACUCUCCAUAGGCGUAAUGGUUUUUAUACUGUACAAACUGUAUACUGUACAAAAUGUGUGUGUUUUUUAAGCUUUCUGAACUAUGGGGACCUAGGCAGUGUCCUCAUAAACCUUCACAUUUUAAUACCUCUGUCAUACCCAUGUCAAAAUUGUGUCCCCAUAAACCACCCAAACCAGAGCGCACACACACACACACACGUUGGAUUUUCAUGUUUUAUGGGCGCAUUCCAUAGACGCAAGGUUUUAUAAUGUACAUACAAGCUUGUUUCCUCAUUGGGACCAAAAAAAAGACAUAACGUUGGGAAUACCAGGACCACACACACACCAUAUUUUAAAACAUCAAUGCAUCUUUUCUUUUUGCAGGAAAAUGGAGUAGAUGCCACCUUCUGGCUGUGAAUUGGACUCUCCUUCGCUCUGCUUUAACAAUUUCAAUAAAUUAAAUUGUGAAAAUACAUUAUUUCCUUAUGAAGUUAUUUCUCCUGCAGGUAUCUUGCAGAAGACAAUUUGUAACUCCUGCAUAACAUCAUAUAGUUCCUGCAGGAUUAUUGUGCAGGAUAGAUAUGUUUCCAAUGUCACUGUUUUAAAACAUUAAGUCACAUUAAGCGUUUUAGAAUGUCCCA